CUCAUUAGCUUGUCGCAGCUCUGCCGCUCCGGCGUCAUCGCACCGCUAUGGCUAGCCGAAAAACUUCGCGCCGGAGGAGCCGAGAAGAUGAGGACAAGUAUUCCGUGUUGCUACCCACGUACAACGAGCGGGAGAACCUGCCUCUGAUCGUGUGGCUUCUGGUGAAAUACUUCGGCGAAAGCGGAUAUAACUACGAAAUAAUUGUUAUCGACGACGGAAGCCCAGACGGGACCUUAGAGGUGGCGAAGCAGGUGCAGCAGAUUUAUGGAGAGGACAAGAUUCUUCUUCGACCAAGGGCAACAAAAUUAGGCCUCGGGACUGCCUACAUUCAUGGCAUCAAACAUGCCACAGGGAACUUCAUCAUUAUAAUGGACGCUGACCUUUCUCAUCACCCCAAAUUUAUCCCAGAAUUCAUUGAAAAGCAGAAAGAAGGUAACUAUGACCUGGUGUCUGGGACUCGAUACAGAGGAAAUGGGGGCGUAUACGGCUGGGACCUGCGCAGGAAAAUCAUCAGUCGAGGAGCCAACCUUUUGACUCAGGUGCUGUUGAGACCCGCCGCGUCAGACCUCACGGGCAGCUUCAGGUUGUACAAGAAGAACGUCUUGGAGAGUCUGGUUGAGCGAUGUGUGUCCAAAGGCUAUGUCUUUCAGAUGGAGAUGAUCGUCCGUGCCAGGCAGCUCAACUACACCAUUGGAGAGGUACCGAUUUCUUUUGUGGACCGAGUAUACGGAGACUCCAAACUGGGCGGCAAUGAGAUUAUAUCGUUCCUGAAAGGACUGCUCACACUCUUCGCAACAACAUGAUUUAUGCUGAUGUGUUACAUCCCAAAAUCAUUUAUUUAGAUUCUUAAAAUUGUUGUCCAAACGCGGUAGUUGUACUAGAUUUGAAAUGGGGAUCAAAAUGUUUUCCAGGAAGUGGCCACUUGCCACACGAGUAGCCGAUUUUAAGAUCACCCUGUUGGUCUCGGACGUCGAUGCUGGAAAGACAGAGGCCGAUUCUGAUUCAGUCCAGCACCUGUCCCAGUCUGCAGAUGGACACUGAGUGUGCAGGUAUCUAUGGUGGAGACGUGGUCUGAAGCAGAAGGAAAGGACACACCUCAUUUGAUGGUAUAAUAUAUGUAAGAUAUUUCUCAUGUCGGUAUUUUUGCAAGAAAUCAAACAUGGGUCUUAUGUCUCCAUCACCCUCCAUAUAAAAUUUGAACAAAAUACACAAUACUCUCAGACAGUUGCUGUCGAAUGGGUGCACACUUAAUCUAAUAGGCCUGUGAUGACUGUUGUUCAUAAUUAAAGUAUUUGUUAUUUC